AUAUCUUUGGUUGUCGUGCCGUGAUUAAAGUGAUACAACAUAGAUCGUGAGAUUUGUUAUUUCUGUGUGUUUGUGUGCGAGAAGACCAGCGCGUCGAACAUAGCUAUAUGCACCUAUAUUACUUAUUGUACGGUACUGAAGUUUAAAUAAUAAAAAAACAGCAAUUUCAGUCCUUAUUCCGAUUGGCCGUGAACUGCUCGGCCUUUUGACAACAGCUGCCAAUAAACUGCGAGGAGAUCAAGUCACCUGACGCUGUUGCUGGGUCGAGAAAAACAAAAACAGACGAGAGUUCAAGUUGCCCCUGAGAUCAGGGGGGUGUACAGAGCCUACGGUGGGUUAGUAGAGCGUUGUUUUUGUUUAAAGUAUUGCAUUGUAUUUGAACAAAGUUGGACUUGGACUUGGUAAAUAGUAGUUUGUACUAAUUGCAUGCUUUGUUGUUGACCCAGGCCAGGAGAGACUUAUCUUUAGUUUCAUUCACGGUUCUUUUGCAGCAGAUUCACAAUAAAACAUGGCAACAGAAUGUCAGGCGUGGCUUAAUGAUAACCCUGUAGAAAACAAUUCCUUGCUCUCUAGCGAUGAUGAAAAGGUGGAAACCCUGAACAUUGACAACGAGAUCAAUGGGAACUGGAUCACAGCAACCUCAUCCACCAUCCAUGAGGCUCGGGUGAAGGCCAAAGCAAAGAGACGCCUCAGGAAGAACUCGUCUCGAGACUCGGGGCGGGGGGACUCCCUCAGCGAUAACGGGGAGAGCCUCCGAGCUGUUCUCGUCCCUCCCACCAGCCCCAAGGGAAAGCUGCUGGACAGAAAGUCCCGGUCUGGGAAAGGGAGAGGUCUGCCGAAGAAAGGUGGAGCAGGAGGUAAAGGGGUUUGGGGCUCUCCUGGUGAGGUGUAUGAUCUUGAAGAAAUCGAUGUUAAGGAUCCCAAUUAUGAUGAGGACCAGGAAAACUGUGUAUAUGAAACUGUUGUCUUACCCUUGGAUGAAGGAGUCUUUGAGAAGACUGUGACACCGAUUGUCCAGGAAUACUUUGAACACGGAGACACAAAUGAAGUUGCGGAGCUGCUGAGUGAACUGAACCUGGGUGAAAUGAAAAGUGACGUGCCAAUGUUGGCAGUAUCUCUUGCACUGGAGGCUAAAGCGAGCCACCGAGAGCUGACAUCCAGGCUCCUGACUGACCUGUGUGGGAAGCUGUUGAGCACAGCUGAUGUGGAGAAAUCGUUUGACAGGCUCCUGAGGGAGCUGCCGGAGCUGGUCCUCGACACUCCAGGGGCACCACAGCUUGUUGGUCAGUUCAUUGCGCGGGCAGUUGGGGAUAAGAUUCUAUCCAGGGAUUACAUUGAGAGCUACAAAGGGAAAGUAGACUGUGACCAUGCCAGAGCUGCUUUGGAUAGGGCAGCAGUACUCUUAAAAAUGAGUAAGGGAGGACUGUGGGGAACAGGAGGAGGUCAGCGACCUGUCAAACAGUUAAUCAAAGAGAUUAACCUAUUGCUGAAGGAGUACCAGCUGUCAGGCGAUGUAGCAGAAGCAGAGAGGUGCCUGCAGGAACUGGAAGUGCCACAUUUUUACCAUGAGUUUAUCUAUGAGGCAGUAGUCAUGGUUUUGGAAUCCACUGGAGAAACCACAUUUAAAAUGGUGCUGCAGCUGCUGAAAUUUCUGUGGGAGUCCUCUGUCAUUACUGUAGACCAAAUGAGAAGGGGUUUUGAAAGAGUUUACAUGGAAAUUGCAGAAAUUAACAUAGAUGUGCCACAUGCCUAUUCUGUGCUGGAGCAAUUUGUGGAACAGAGCUUCAACGCAGGUGUGAUCAACAAAAAACUGAGGGACCUUUGCCCAUGCAGGGGACGUAAAAGGUUUGUAAGUGAAGGAGAUGGUGGACGCCUUAAACUUGAAAGCUACUGAAGAGAAACGGCAGAAGCCUCUGUGCCAGGUGUACUUGAACCCUUAGAGCUGCUUUACACUGUUCAUAUUCAUGGUGGCACAGCUUAGAUACAAAACAUUACUUGUAAAGCCUAUAGAAUGUAAACCAUGAAAAAAGGGGAACCAAAAAGGCACUUAUAAUUUUUUUUCUUUGGGGCUGGGGUUUUUAAAAGCACACCCAAGUGUUUUGAAAUAAGCUAACCCUGUUGCAAGUGCCACACCUUCAUUUACAUAGUCAUUCCAUGUUUUGUAUUGCCGUCUCACUGCCGCUCAUUUUCCUGACAGCACUGUGUUUGUAUGAACCACUGGUUUGUGUAUAAAGCUUUAUAUUAGGGGUAAUGUUUUGUGCUGCAUAGUACAGACCAACCCCCCCUGUUGGCUGCUAUUGUUUAUAUGCUGUGCUUAAGAAACAAAAUAUAUAUAUAUUCUUUGUUUGACAAUAAAAAUACACUGUUGGAAUUUUUAAAUGGCACAAAAAAACAUUUUUCAGAGUAAAGUAAACCAUUUAUCUUUUUAGAUGGGAUAACUCAAAUGGUGUUUGGAACAUCUAUUUUUGUAUUUUAAAAUAAGCUGGAAAGUUAAAUGGAACUAGGGUCUUGCUCAGUGUCAAUGUCAAAAAUAAAUAAUUUCUAUGAA